AUGGUACUAAAACCCCGCGUUCCAAUUAGCGAUGCUGUCAACUUACCGCCCUCAAAACUUCCCCUUACAGCGGCCGGUCGGAGUACGUUGUAUUCACCGAAUUUUGUUGAUCUCGAUUUACAUCAGCCAAUUUAUAUGAAUGAUGUGAAGGACAUGCUAAAGGAAUACCAACGUCUGCGUGAACUUGAGCCGGAUUCGCCAUCGCUAGACAUCAGCGAAAUAAAUGCCGAUGAAGUGUAUGAACGAGCUGGAUUGCCGUGUUUAUCGGACAAGAAUCUGCCAGCCGAAAUAAGUGAAGCGAUGAAACAACCGUACAGACCACCGAAAUAAUUUAUUUUAUCUGGCUGGCGGCUGUGUUCGUUUAUUGGUUUUGUUAUCAUGAUUGCUGUUGUUGUUGUUGUUGUUGUUGUUGUUCCCAUUUUGAUUGUACUCUUAUUAGUAUUAUGAGAAAGUGAAGUGAAGUUGCAAUCUGAUCAUUAAGAAGCACAAUUUACCAUUUGAUAUUCGUUGUUUUUAUUGAGCUAGUCACUUUAAUUUAUUACUACCACGUAUGUCUGUCUUUUUUAUACGUCUUCUUCUAACGAAUUUUUCAAGUGUCGCAAUUUUCACGAAGCAUACAUAACAUUUUUGUGUACAGUUAGUUAUUAUGAUGGUUGUAUUUGUAUUGAAUUGAAUUGAUUUGGUGUUAUAUUGUACAUGAUGUUGUAUGGUUAUUAUAGUUCUUAGCCGAUGGAUAUUUUUUUUAUGGCAGGCAGGCAGGCAUCAUUUGUUCAUGUUCUUUAGCAGCUGUUUGUUAGUGUUGUUUUAAUAAUUUAUUUGUUUAUGUUUUGUUGUUAUUGUGAUUAUUAGCAUUUGCAGUUAUUUGAUUGAUUGAUUGAUUGGUUGAUUGCUGCGUUAGAUUUAUGGAAUGGUGAACGAUAGGGCACGAAUGGUGCAAUGAACUGAAA